CGUAUAGGACAAUAACGUUCACUCUUUUUUUAGGUUGGCAUGGCUCUACGAUGGUAAACACAACUUCCAGGGCUGAUUUAGUCUCCUUUCGGCACUUUCUGUGCUCUUGCGAUACGAAUUCGCCUUUGCUCUACGUUUUAAAUGUUUCUUUUAAAUGUCCGUGUAACUUUAAGUUGCAAUGUUAGUGAAGCUAGCCAACAUUAACCAGCACGGCUAGCGGAGUUGCUAACUUGCGAUUGUCUUGUGGAGAAUGUCCACAAGCAUAUUUGAAGAAAAAUGAAGAGAAAAGUGGCCAAAUUAAGACUGAGCCCAAACGAAGAGGCUCAGCUGAUACGAGAAGAACAUGAAAGGAGGAGAAAACUGCGAAUACAGCAGGUGCGGGAGCAGCAGCGGUACAUCGCGCUGCAGAUCCGCCGAGAUGUUGAGCAGAGACGAAAGCGUGAAAUGGAGCAGCUGGAAGAGGAGCUGAGGAAGGACUGGGAGCGACAGCAGAGGGAGAAACUCCACACACUGCAGAGGUUAUAUCAGGAGAGCCUCCAGCUUAUUGGCCAGGGACACAGAAGUGCAAAAGAAAAUGAACCGGACAUGGCAGCCAUAGCUCAGAGGGAGGCGGAAAAUCACUCCAAAGCAGAACAGCGCUAUAGAGAAGCCCUGAAGGAGGUCAAAUCACAGAGGCUUAAAGACCAUGAAAGGCAAAACCGAUCCAUCAAUGCCAGGAGAAAGGCUUUGCAGGCAGAAAAGGAAAGAUCAGCAAAGGUUGCGAGCCUCCCACCACCUCCUGCAAACCCCAUUCAGAACAUCGACUCCAGGAAGCCACAUGUAGUAAAGAAAUCUGAUGUGAGCGCCUUUGCUGCCACGCAUUACCACAUGCCUGAGACCACAGUGGACAGAGAGGAAGACACAAAGCAGCCUAAUGCCCACGAGGGAGCUGAGGUGGAGGUGAGGAGACUGCAAGACUUACAGAGGGAUGAAGAGAGGAAGAGAGAGGAGCAGCUCGAGAAGGCUCGUCUCAGGGGGAAACAAGCUCUGAGGAGGGAGCAGCUCGUGCAGGAUCGCGAGCGCUUGCUUGUUGAACUGGAGCACAUGCAGCAGACAGACCUGCUGAGGAGGAGACAGCAGGUGUCACAGAUGCCUCCUCAGAUCUUCCAGCCUCUCUACAAGAGACAGGAGAUGAGGGACGACUUCCAGAGGGAGAUGGAGUUUGCCUUUGAAGACAUGUAUACUGGAGAGAGGAGGGUUAAAGGUGACCUAGUUGUCCAGCUGGUACCUGAGCCUCUGCCAGCUCUGUCAACAGGCAGCCAGGACCAAGAGCUGGACGUCACACUGGACGAAAUCGCCACACCGGAAGCAGAAAACACACAACAGGGCGCUGAGCAAGAAGCAGGAAGCACUGAGCAGGAAAUGUCUGCUCAAGCGGAGCCCUCCAGACCUGCUCCCAGACGGGCAUUGAGGAAGCUCCUGGAUCGUAUCAGGAACCAGAGGAACCAGUGGACUAACCACGGCGGCCGCGUCCCCGCAGCCGAUUCACUGACCAUCAUCACAGAUCAGAUCCCAGAGCGGGACACGACCAUCGACACAGGCUCUCUGACCAGCGAGGAGAGAGACAAAGCUACCCCCGUCGAGCUCCCUGAGCCCACCCGCUCACCACCACCUUUGGAGACAACGGAGCUGUCAGCUGCAGCAGAUGUUCUACUUCCUGAUGUUCUCGCCAACAGAAUCCAAGAAUUUGAAGAAGAACGAAAGAAAAGGGAAGUGGAGCUCGAGAGGCAGAAGCAGCAGCAGAUAGUCUUGCUCCAGGAGCUCGAGGAACAAAAGGCCAAACUGGAGCAGAUGCUGCUCGAGGCCCAGCAGGAGAGAGAAGACCUGAAGGCUGCUGUGACCCAGGAAGUGCCUGUUAACCAACCAGAAGUACCUGUCCAUGACCAGGAAGUCACCCACGAUGUAGAGCUGUUGCCUCCUGCUAGUGAAGACGACCAUACCAGAAGGGUCAGAGAAUACCAACAGCGGCUGCUGGAACAAAACAGAAUUCACCAGAGGUCUGUGGAAGUGGCUCGGCAGCGUCUGGAGGAAUACCAGCGAGCUCUACGAAUACGUUACAACAUGACCGCCACAUCGUUGCAGCACGCUGUCGUGCCUCCAGGCCUCAUUCACCCACCUCUACACAACACUCAUCGUGUACAUCUUCCAACUCCUCUGCAACUCACUACAACUCCUGCAGUGCCUUCACACAUUCCAGCUAAGCUGCAAACCCCUGUGGAAGUUCCCACAAGAGAGUCAGACUUAAUGGCUGCACCUCAUCAGUAUCUCCCUGGCUCUAGUUUCAGUGUUGACUCCAGGUUGUUGUCCGAUGAAGAGGAAUUUAUUUCCAACAUUUCCAGGACCCAGAUACAAGACGUCACCGCCCGGCUGACUGGCAGCAUAAUGGAGAGAGUAACGGAGCACCUUCCAGAGAGAUUGAGACCUUCCUCUGUCACCUCGGAGCCACUGCCUUACAAAAUGUUCACAACACAUCACUCAACCACCAGCACCCACCUCCAGCCAGCCUCUGAUCCCAUCCAAGCUGCUAGCCUGAGCGUUUCAGAUGAUGCCCCUCUGAGUUCAGGCCAAACAAGAGUGAACACUGGGACUUUACUGCAUGGCGCCCUGCAGACUGGGUCCCUGAGAGAGGACGACGUGGAGAGUCAGAGACGAGAGCUUCGGGAGAUCCAGAGACAGGUGCUGGAGCAGAGGGAGGCGGUGGCGCUGCAGCAGAGGCAACAAGAAAGGGAGCGGCAGAGACAGGAAGAGCAGUGGCAAAGACAGGAAGUGGAGAUGGAGCAGAUGAGGCGACAAAGGGAGGCGUUGGAGGCUCUGAUAAGUGCUGAUGCACAACCGACUCCAGAGGUUGCCAGUGAAGUGUUGGCUUCAGAGGACAUCGGUCAGACCCGCAUCAAGUUACUUGCAUCCCUGCUCAGAGCUAUAGAGGAGUCUAACGGAGGAACUCUGUCACACCUUGAAAACCAUGAGGAGAGAGAUGGUUCCCCUCAACAACAGCCAUCUAGCAGGGAUGAGACAGAUCCCAUCACCCAGAGCAGUGUUCCUGCCCCAACCUCAGUCCUCCCUUCAGGACUCCUCCUCCCUCCUCCUCGAGCAGCAAAGCCCCCGGUGACCCACGUCAGGCUCGGCAUCAUGGAGGUGACUGAACAACAUGAGCUCAGUGCUAUUCAAGAGGUGGAGACCCCAGUCAACAUCAGCCAAGUCACAGGCCCGGAAGAUGGUGUGAAGGCGCUGACACACGCUGCAGACUGGGUUCUGCAGGAGGAAUCUGAAUCGUCUGUGGCCUCUGACAGGACUUUGCAGACACCCUCUGUGUCCAGCAGCGAGCACCAGGCUGCUGAAAGACCAACCGGCUCCGGGACAAGCUCAAGAAGAUCCAGCCAUCUCAUCUGGAGAGAGAGGCUGCUGACGGGGGCAGGAACAUCUCCAGAGUCCUCUGAGUCUGAUUCAUUCCGGAGAAUCAUCUCACCGAUUUCCUCUGACUCUGGGAGAGGAGCUGAUUACUCAGGUCCUGGAAUCACAAGCUACAGAUCCUUCACAGAGUCUGCACAUAGGCCUCCUGAUUCUGACUGCCUCUCCUCCACCACCAUCUCCACUGGCAGCUACAUCACCACCGAUCCUGAACAAAACUUAAACACUGAUGAAUCUCCGCACCACAGACGUUGUGUAGAAGAAGGAGGAGAAGCACAUUUACUCGACGUCUCCUCUCCAUCCGGUCAAAGCUCCUGUAUUAAAGACAGCUCAGCUGCAGGCCGUCCUGCUCUGACUGUAGAAUCUGUGUUUAAUGACAGCAGCAUCCAGCGCAUCAUUGACAGAUACACAAGGGAGCUAAACAUCUCCCUCAGCACCGCUGGGAAAACCGCAGACAGUGAAGGCUCGUUUGUGGAGGAGCCUAGCUCUUCAGUCUCCCAGCAGUCUUUGCUUCAAGUGUCUGAGAGGAGACGAGAGGAUGAAAGAUCUACAGGUCAUCAGUCUCUUCCUUCAGAUGCAGCAGGGGCAGAGAGGAGCGGCCCGGAAUGGGAUAAUACAGUCAAUCCGAUCCUGGAGCACUUCUCAGGCGAGGAUCCGUCACUGGCUGAGGACUCUUUCAGACCUCUGAUUGGCCGGCCAGCAGAUCAGUCGUCCUGCCUCGCUGCUGAUCCGAGAGAGUCAACCAUGGAGCAACUGAUCAGUCAACCGUCGGCUCACUCAUCCAUGAUCGGUCAGUUUCCAGGUCCGCCGGCUUCAGCGAGCGCGGAUCAAGGUGGAUGGGAUUCCACUCUGAGUCGUAUGAUCGGUCGACUCUCCCAUCCAUCAAGCUCUCAUUGGCUGAGCGGCGGGCAGGACUUUUAUGCGGGUGAACUGAUUGCUCAGAUGGAGGCGGAGCAGUCGACCACCUGGUUGGACGAGGGUGCGGAGGAGAGCCGGAUGAGACCGCUGGUUGGGGAGCUGGAUGAGACUACGGGCCAGCAGAGUGGAAGUUCAGGUGAAAGAACCUGUGUGGAUCUCGGUGUCUCGACCGAUGCCAGCGUACCUUCAUACCCAACGCUGCCUCCUGACGCCUCAUCACACAGCGCUUCUGUUCCAGAUGUGACUCCACAUCCACAGUACCAGACACAGCAGAACCAGACCAGUCCAAUGGAACUGGGCCCAGAGAGCACUGAAGUGUUUCAAGGCUCUGACUCAUUUCACUCGCUCCUGGCUGAGGUCACGCACAAUGAAACGGUGGACCCUUCAAUGAUCUUUCACCAGCCACAACACGACGCGCCAAGCUCUCCUGAACGACAGCCACCGAGCGGGGAGCACAGCGUUUCCACUCACUCCGAAGACUUUGAAACUCGCACUAAUCCUUCGGUUGAGUCUGAACCGUCACCUGAGUGCCUUAGAACAGAGGAGCCGCACAGGACAACAUCCACCGCCUUACACGAAUCCUUCUCCCAGCUCGUCACCUCCCAGUGCCACCCCCAUGAAUCUGUCCUCGUGAUGUCUCCCACUGCUCAGGAUGUGGAGCUAACGGCUCAGAGUCUGUCUAAUUUAACAGUGUGUGAUUCAACACCUACGCUCAACAUGCCGCAGCCAGAGGGAGGAGAGGCAGACAGAAACUGCCUUUCUGAAAGGCACGAAGAUUCAGUCCUGUUUGGUGACCUCCAUGCACGAGAACUGAAGUCUGAGCAGAGUUCAAACCUGAAGAAUGAUGUUCCUCUCUCAGAUAAGAUAUUGGAAGCUGCCAGUAAGAAGGGGAUCCUGGAGCAGUCAGAGAUAACACUACUGAGCAUGACAGACACCACACUGGACAAAGACACAACCGUCUCUGAGGACGAGGGAACGUGGGAAGACAAACACGUAGAGGAGUCGAGGGAGGAGGAGCAGACGGGCCGAGAGACAGAGGAGCCAGAAACCACUUUAACAGAGGAGACUCCAGCUGCUUUAAAAGAGGACAAAGACCAAACACAUCCAGCGAUGCUCCUGGAGUUUCAGUGGGGUCCAAGCAGAGACCAGCAGGAGGUCCACCAGAAGAAGCGCAGCGCUCUUCUCCAGAGAUCAUCUCGCAGGGUGGAGGAAAUCAAGGCCAAAGGGGCUCUUCUCAAGACUCAACGCGAGAUCCAAGCUCCCGCUGAAACCGGAGAGCAGUCUAAAGCUAAGGAGUCUCCACCGGUCACCUGUAAGGCCAAGACGAAGUCAGAACCUCAAGACCUUAAGAAGAACCUUGAGACUAACACCAAGUCAAAGGGAGGAAAGGCUGAGCAGGCUGGAGAUGAAACUGUUGAGAAAUCCGGCUUCAUCAAGCAGAAAAAGCCUCAACUUCACCCUCCAGUGAGUGAUUCUAGGCUGAAAAACGUGGAUGAAGUGAAGAUCUGCACACCUGAGCAAAGGAGACGGGAUGUGUCUGAGAUGCACAAGAGAACUCAGAGACUGUAUGAGCAGCUGGAGGAGGUGAAGCAUCAGAAAGAGGUCCGCAGCAGACAGGAAGCUUACGCCAAAAACCGACUGAAGGCCAAAGAAUUCCACCAGAAAACCUUACAGAAGCUUCGUGCCAAGCAGACUCGGUAGCGGUCGACUUUGAAUGUGUUGUAGUUUUUUUUAACUUUUUGUAAAUUUAAGUUAAUUUGUAGAAUUGUCAAUAAAGCAUUAAGUUAUUUGAA